UUAACAAGACCAUGUUCCACCAAUAUAUUUCUAAAGUUGGGUGGGAAAGCUUCCAGUCAAUACUUUGCCUCCGCUCACUAAACUGGAAGUCUUCUGGAGGAGAAGGUUUCUGCUGGAAUUCUCCGGUGAAGUGAAGUGUUUUAGCAUCUAAAAGAAAUUCCUUUGGGAAAAUUUCUUUGGAAAUUCUUUGGAAAUUCACAAACUAGUAGAAGAACUCUAAUCGGGGAAAAUAAUUUAACCGGCUGUCACUGAAAGUAUUUAAAAGCGAGCAAGUAGGAGUUGAAUAUGUGUAAUUGGAAUGCCCACCUUGUUUACAAACAAAAAAAGAAAACCAAAGUAUUGUACUAGUGAAUGCUUAUCUCUUCUUGGAACUGUCAAUUUUCAUCCAUCGCGUUGUUUAAUAACGUGAUUUUUAGUUUGAAUACGAACGAAUUCGUUACACAGGCAACAAUACAUGAAUCGGUUUAAAGAGGAAAAUCCACAGUGGUGGUGGUACAGAUAAGACCACCCAGUUUUGUAGGUCUAGUUAUAGUUUAGUUUUCUAAAAAAAACGUGGUCAAGAUGCGGAUCAUGGGGGAGAAGAAGGUCUUCGUGGCCAUAUUCGGCCUGGCCAUCGCCUAUUACUACACGAUCACGACGAGUCAGUCGUUCGGUGGACCGACGGUGGUGACCAAGUACGGGGGACUGAAGGGAAUUAAGUCAGUGUCACGAGGAGGCAGAGACUAUUUCGAAUUUCUCGCUAUCCCAUACGCGAAGCCUCCCACUGGGGAAUUAAGGUUUGAGUCACCACAACGUCCAGAAAAAUGGAAAGGUGUCAGAGACGCUGGAAGUUAUGGGGCUCAAUGCAUCCAGCUCGAACUUCUGCUCGGGAUCAUCAUGGGAGAUGAGGAUUGUCUUUUUCUCAACGUUUUUACACCAAAAAUAAAGGAGGAUGAUGAUCAAAAGCUAUUUCCGGUCAUGAUUUACAUUCAUGGUGGCCUCUACCUUAAUGGCGGAUCUGAUCUUUGGAGACCCCACUACUUCAUGGAUAAUGACGUAGUCCUCGUCACCAUCAAUUACCGGCUGGCUGCAAUGGGUUUCUUAUCAACUGGAGACGGAGUUGUUCGUGGAAAUAUGGCUUUGAAAGAUCAGUCUAUGGCGUUGAGAUUUGUUAAAGAAAACAUUGAAAGCUUUGGAGGGGACCCCGACAAAAUUACAGUGUUUGGAGAAUCUGCUGGCGGAGUUAGUUCUCAUUUCCACAUGUUAUCACCAAUGUCUAAAGGUUUGUUUCAUCGGGCAAUUUCGGAAAGUGGGACAGGAACUCACUUUUGGGUAAUUAAUAAUCAACCCGGACCUCAAGCACAGAGGUUGGGUGCACAGGUCGGAUGUCCUACGAAUGAUACCAGAGCAAUGGUUGAUUGUUUAAAGAAGUUGGAUGCAUCAGACAUUGUUGGAGUUCAUAUGGAAGUUUUGGAUCCACUCAGAGAUCAUGUCACAAUAUUCAAACCAACCAUUGAAGUCAUCGAUGAUGACCAAGCCUUCCUAACCAAACAUCCCAAAGAAAUUAUAAAGUCUGGAAAUUUUUCUCGACUCCCUUGGAUCGCAGGGGUUAAUUCUGAAGAGGGUUUGAUCACGUCUGCAGCUAUAAUGGCAAAUCAAACCUUGAAAAACCUCGCCCAAAAUGAUUGGAGUGAUUUUGUCAGCAAGCUCCUCUUGUUUCAAAAGAAUGACGAGAUAGCUCAAAAAAUCCGAGAUUUUUACUUCAAAGAUACCAAAGACGUCACAACUUUCGACAACAUUCACAAAUACACAAACAUGAUUGGUGAUCGUGGAUUCUUUACUGACAUGCAUCACUGUAUCCGACUCCAUGCCAAAUGGAACCCCACUUACGUUUACUUUUACUCUUAUCCUGGCGAAUGGACCGUGGCAAAUCUCUUCAUGGAAGUUCGAGGAACAUUACCCCGUUUGAUGGAGGUCGGCUGGGCCGUCAUUUCAAGCUGGGUUACGCGAUCUCUCCUUGGACGCAGUUUGCCAAACUAUGGAGCCUCUCACGGCGAUGAACUCGCACUUUUGUUCCAAAUGCCAUGGAUCAGCGAUAUUCCCCCCGAAUCGAGGGAUUACAAAAUGAGUUUAGAUCUAGUCAAGUUGUGGGUGGAUUUUGCAAAUCAAGAAGAAAGUCUCACAUUCCGUAACGUUCCUUGGAACCCCAUCAAAGUCUCAAGUGGAGGAAAAAUGAAAAUCAAUUAUCUCAACAUUGACAAAACGCCAAAAAUAACUGAAGAGCCCUUCACAGAACGGGUCAAAUUUUGGGAUAAGCUCAAUCUCACAUACACAUAAAGCAAAUACCGUGUAUGCAUCACCUGAAAAACCAAUAAUACUGACUAAAUUAUCCAUUUAGUAAAGUGAUAUUCUCUCCUCAUUGCUACAUAUUUAUUGUUAUGAAAUGAAGCGUAAAUAGGAACUGAACUAGUCUGUACGAGCAGCAAACUAUUAUGCGAUACGAUGAAUGCGAACUGAGGGGAUAUCAUGAAAGGAAGCAGAAAUUUCAAAAAGUAAUAAUAAUGAAGCCAAUUAGGAGAAUAGUUACCAAUUAAUUAGUUGUAUAAAUGGGACAAGUGACGUUUAAGUUUACAUGAAUAUUUUGUUUUAUUUAUUACUGGAGAGGUUAAUUAUCUUGUUUAAAUUAGAUAUACAGUACAUUUGACAUACUGAUAUUUAUUACAUGACUUCAAUUUGUACGUUUUUAAUAUUAAUGGUUACAAGACUGUGAUUCGACCUUAAUUUCGCAUGCACAAAAAUGAACUCGUUCUCGUUAGCUGUUAUAUAUUGUUAAUUUUUGUUAAUCAAAGUGCGAAUAAGAACAUUGUGUCAAACUUUCUAAAUCA